AACCCAAAAAGGAAAUUCACAGGGCACACGGCAGUACACAAAUGACCAAGGUCAUAACAGGAGCGUAGGAAAAUGCCGUUACUAAUUCAAAAUAAACGACUUGACGGCAUAACCUCGACGGCGGAACUGUUCGAAAAAUAUCCACUAUUAGAGGAAAAUGCAAGGGAAUUUAGAUCCAUGACACCUGUUGAUGUCGACCCAAAGGACCUCUUGUACGUCCAACAAAGAGAGUUUGCUGCAACAACACCAGCAGACGGCAGCGUUUCAGUGAUUGGAUCUGAGGAUGCCACCACCUGCCAUUUGGUUGUGCUGCGACACACCGGAAGUGGAGCUGUUUGCCUCGCUCAUUGCGAUGGUUACAGCACCCAGUCUGAUGUCCCGCUCAUUGUGAAAGCUGUGAUGUCACUGAGUGACAUCAGUAAGGAGGGAAGACUUGAGCUUCAUCUUUCUGGUGGAUUCAAGGAUGAUAAAAAAAUAUCCGCUAAACUCAGCCAUGACAUACUAACAGCGUUCCAGGAAAUGAAAGAGGAUAUUCAUUUGGAAACAUGUUGCAUCACAGAAAUGAAUGACGUUGUUGUUGAUGGAACUCAUCGGCCUAUAGUAUAUGGAAUAAGUGUAAAUGUCAGAACAGGGAAAGUGUUCCGUCCGACAUUCACUUAUAAAGGACCUGCAAAGGAGCUGCGAUCAGCAAGGAGAUUCAAUAAGGGCCAGAUGGCCAACACGUAUGACUCAAGUCGAGAGCUUGUUCAAAUCGGCCCUUGCAAGUGGUCUAAAAAGGUGAUAGCUGACAGUCGCUACUGGUUGAAACAAGAUGAUGAGACAAUUCUAGAGAAACUGUCUACCUCCCCGAAGGCCGAGCCACCGAACUUCGUCGCUGACCUGAGAGCCACCUUCCAGUUCAUCUUAGAUCACCACGACUCUGACAAGCUGUUCCCCGGGGGUCAGCCACAGUUCUACCACAGGACCGCGAAUGGGGACUGGAAGAGGGCUGUCUAGUUGUCGACUCAUAUCUCUCACUGGAGCCUUGCCAUGGAACUGGGAGGUUUUUGCCUCAGAGCUCCAUGGAUACACUGUGACCCAUCUACCCAGUGUCUGUGUUUUGUUCAGUACAGUCAUGGAACUUGAACAAUUCAAACUUAACUUGUUUGUCUUUUAUGUUCUUUUGUCGGUAUAAUGUGGUCAAUUACUGUGUUCCCAGGAAAUCCAACCUGGCCUAUCCUAAGCAAAUUUUAAAUGGGGUUUUUUCUGGGAGGUAUUACAAUCUAAAAGUAAACUUAAAGAUAUGCUACGGAACUGUAUGCACAAUGUAUAUUUACAGGGUGAAAAAUUUUAAACAUUUUAAAUACGAAUUUAAUUUAAUUUGCCAUAAACACUUUCCUAAUGAAUUCCUGAUUGAUUAUGAUCCUGAUUAUGAUCCUUUACUUACCGCUGUAUAACCACAUGUGUAACUGUGUAUAUUACUCUGAAGGGGACUAUGUGGAUUCUUAUCAAACACAACUAAAUAUGAUUGUAUAAUGUGUUUUUUUUUAUUGUUUUAAUAAAAACAUACUGCCCAAGACAUUUUCCUCAGUUGUGUUGUUUAGGAAAUUACAAGGUGCUUAAAUCAUUCAGUGAAACUAUUGAACUUGCCGUGACUAUCGUGAAUGCACAUCACUCAAGAUGAAACACUUGAAAACAGCCGCCAUUGUGACAGUUUCGUUCCCUGGCGGUUUUCAACCGAAUAAAGGUCCCUUUACGCAAUGUCUGCCUU